GAAUGAGUUAGUUUAAGUACAAACACUCUCUCUGGUGCAACUAUAAACCUCUCAUCUCUCUAUACAUUUCUCUCUAAAACUACCAGCGUUCAAAAAACCCCGCCACCACCACCACCGCCGUGAUCAUGGGAUGCACGGCGUCGAAGCUCAACAACGAGGACACCGUGCGGAGGUGCAAGGAGCGGCGACGCCUCAUGAAAGACGCCGUCUUCGCCCGCCACCACCUCGCCGCCGCCCACUCCGACUACUGCCGUUCCCUCCGCUUCACCGGCUCCGCCCUCACCACAUUCGCCGCCGGCGAACCCCUCUCCGUCUCCCACCACACCCCCGCCGUCCUCCUCCGCACCCCCUCUUCCCUCUCCUCCACCACCACCACCGCCAUCCCGCCUCCUCCUCCUCCACAACGACAACCACAACCACAACCACAACCUCCUUCCUUCUUUCCCUCUCCCUCUCCCACCAUCUCCGCCACCAGUGCCCCCACCUCUCGCCGCCACAACCACCACCGCAAACCCAUCAAACUCCCUCACAUUCUCUCCGAGUCAAGCCCAUCUGCGUCCCCUCAAACCCACAUCAACAGAGCUAAAUCGAACGAUUUCAAUCCAAAUUACGCAUACAAUGCAUACAAUGCAAAUUCAACAUUUUCGACCACUCCAUCUCAAGCAUCAUCGGUCUGGAAUUGGGAAAAUUUUUACCCUCCAUCUCCCCCUGAUUCUGAAUUCUUCAACCAUCGCAACAUCAACGACGAUGACAAACCCUCAAUCUACUCCUCUAAUCGCCAAAAACACCACCGCCAUGACCACCACAUCGAGGUUGAAGAUGAUGAAGAUGAAGAGACGGAGAGAGAGGAGGUUCAGUACAGCGAAUGGGACGAUCAUUACAACACAACGAGCUCGUCCGAAGAAGACGAUGGAGAUGGAGAUUCUAGAUCUGAGAUUGGGAUUCAGUCCAAUUUCGGAUCCUCUGUCCGCACCGAAUCGAAAGCUCCGCCUCCUGCGCCGCCACCGCCGGCGAAGAGCGAUGUCGGCUCUUCCGCCUGCUGGAACCCCGCCGGAAACGGCGGCGGAGACUUGGAACUCGUCGUCCGGCACCGAGAUCUGGAAGAAAUCGUGGCGGCGAUCAGAGAAUACUUCGAUAAAGCUGCAUCCGCCGGCGAUCAAGUUUCCGAGAUGCUCGAGACGGGUCGUGCUCAAUUGGACCGGAGUUUCAGGCAAUUGAAGAAGACGGUUUAUCAUUCGAGUGGAGUGUUCAGUAACUUGAGUUCGAGCUGGACUUCGAAGCCGCCAUUGGCGGUUAAGUACCAGUUUGAACCGGGUUCCAUUGAUGAACCGGGCGGCCCGAAGAGUCUGUGUUCGACUUUGGAAAGGCUCUUGGCUUGGGAGAAGAAACUCUACCAGGAAGUGAAGGCUAGAGAGGGUGUAAAAAUUGAGCAUGAAAAGAAGUUGUCAUCCCUACAAAGUCAGGAGUACAGAGGGGGUGAUGAAGCAAAGUUGGACAAGACAAAAGCAUCAAUAAAGAAGCUACAGUCACUAAUUGUGGUCACGUCUCAGGCCGCUUCCACCACCUCUUCUGCCAUCAUUGGUCUAAGAGAUGCUGAACUUAUCCCGCAGCUUGUUGAACUUUGUCAUGGGUUCAUGUACAUGUGGAGAUCAAUGAACCAGUUCCACGAAGUGCAGAAUCACAUUGUGCAGCAAGUGCGCAGCCUCGUCAACAGAUCAACCAAGGGCGAGUCUACCUCUGAUCUGCAUCGACAAGCAACUCGCGACCUUGAAUCAGCCGUCUCUGCCUGGCACUCAAGUUUCUGCCGCCUGAUUAAAUUCCAACGGGACUUCAUCUUCUCCCUCCAUGGCUGGUUCAGGUUGACCACCAUUCCCGUCAACAGCGAACCACCAACCAUUGGCAACAGAGAACCCUCUGAUGCAUUCGCCUUCUUUGACGAAUGGAAGCUUGCCCUUGAUCGUGUCCCAGACACAGUCGCAUCAGAAGCCAUCAAAAGCUUCAUUAACGUUGUCCAUUCAAUAUCGAUGAAACAGACAGAGGAGGUCAAGGUUAAGAAAAGAACAGAAUCUGCAUCCAAAGAGCUUGAGAAGAAGGCUUCAUCACUUAGGAACAUAGAAAAAAAGUACUAUCAUUCGUACUCUAUGGUUGGUAUCGGGCUUCCCGAUACUGGGCCCGACACGGGUCACGUGUUGGACAUGCGGGACCCACUUGCCGAGAAAAAAUCCGAGCUCGCAUCUUGCCGAAGGCGAGUUGAGGAGGAGAUGUUGAGGCACUCCAAGGCAGUAGAGGUGACUAGAGCAAUGACGCUGAAUAACAUUCAGACGGGCUUGCCGGGGGUUUUUCAGGCUAUGACCAGUUUUUCGGCAUUGAUCAUGGAGGCGCUUGAGACAGUAUGCACACGGUCCUAUGCUAUCAAGUAAAUAAAACACACAAUAGUAAAUAUUCUUAACAAUAAUAGUAGCAUUAUAUUUUCUUUUUUUUGGUUCUAAGGUAAGUUGAAAGUUAGAAGCAUUAGCUCUUUGUUUUUUUUGGUUAUUUGAUAUGUAGAUAUGUUGAAUUUUGCGGUUGUCAUAUUUUUCUUUUUUUUGUUUUUUGUGGGAAGGAAUAGGGAAAUGGGGAGGGAAAGGGUAUGUGUACGUACAGAAAAUAGCCUGAUUAUUGUCUCAAAAGGUACACUUUUUCAGCAAUGAAUAAAUGUAUCUUUACCAUCUUUAUUAUUAGGG